AUGUCCAAAAAAGAGAGCCGUUCGAGUAUGAAAAUGACUGAGAGACCUCCGUCAAUUCGAGAGUGCUGCGAAUUGGGUGGAAACGACGAUGCCGGUACAACUAUGAAUGACUCUCUGAAGUGUGACGCACCGCCGUCUUCUAUAAAAAAGACUCCGCCUCCAUCAGCUAUACGCAGGAAAGUUCGACGGUCUUCCGAGACGAGUACAGCUGCUCUGGAAACUAAAGGCAUAUCUCCCGGUAGCGACAUGAGCGGCACAAUCACCGAAUCGCCCAGCCCCGUAACGAGUACCGAUUUAGACUCUCAAUUAACGUAUGCGCUGCCUGAUUUCCCAGGACUGAAACCGCAUGACCGAUUCUUUAUUGCUUAUCGACGCCAAAAUAUUAACUAUCACCACUAUCUCUUAAAAUCUCACACCGCCAAGUUCCUUAACGAGGACAUGUUGAGUUACGCUAUGGGUUAUGAGCCUUUGCUUUACGCCAUGAUUGCAUUUUCUGCAUACCACUACUCGAUUGGACACCCUAAUGGUAAAAUAUAUACAUUCCUUCAAUACUAUAAUAAAUCAGUAUCGUUGCUUUUAAAGUCAUUACAAGGUGGAGACAAGCAUGAUGAUGCGAUGCUUCUCACCAUUCUCCAGCUAUCGACCCUUGAGGAAUUCGUGGGCGACUGGGUUAACCUUAUUGACCAUCACCAAGCAGCGCAUCGUAUGCUUUUAGAGCUAUAUACCCCCCAAAGUAUCCAUGUUGACAGCUUUCGUCGCCAUAUCUUACUUUGGUAUACCAGAUAUGAUAUCAUGGCUGGCUUGAUGUCAGGAAAUUCGGUGAUUUUGAGCCGAGAAUGGUAUCUUGCGGACGAAGAAUUUUCGAUGCAAGAGUCCUUGAAUGAUCCGCACGAUUUGGAUAAAAAGAUCAUGGCAUGGGGAGCGCGACAUCGACGGUUUGGGAUGGACGUAGCGUCGCUGUUUGCCAAAAUGUCACAGGGAUAUAUUAGCAUGGAACAGUUCCUCAUCGAAAAGGAAGUUCUUGAUACAUCUUUUGAAGAGCAAAGACGAUUCUUGGAAACUAUGAAGGAUUCUAGGUACCUAGUGCUCUCAUAUCCCCACCAAAAGCCGCUGGAUGCCGACGAAAUUUUCGAUCCUUACUCCCCUGGUAUGAUAUAUGGUGAUGAGCUGUGGGAAAUAAAUUUCUGUGGCAUGGAACUCGUCAGCGUCGGCAUGCUAUACAAAUAUCAAACCGGAACAAUCUUACAGAAUCUGGAUUACACGGAAUUGAAGGAGAUUGCAUUGGACCAGGCUCAGAGGAUUGAAACGCUGAAUCGCUGGCCAAACAAGCCGGAGGAAAUGCACCUUUGGUUUAUGUCUCCGCUGGGAAUGGUUGUGCUAUUCCUACCUCAUGAUAAGGAGUACAAUAUGUGGUCCCGAAGGAAAUUGGCUCGCAACGAGCAAUUGGGAUACAUAUAUCCACCGGCGUUCCGCAUGAGACUAGCUGAGCUCUGGAAAAUCCCCGAGGUGCAGAACUGGUGGCUUCCCAACGACGAAGGAUACCCGAGCGUCGUCCGCGACGUCCGGGCGUGGACGAAAGAGCGCGUUACCGACGCGAGAGAUACGUUCCGAGAAGCCGUCCGGGAUAUCAAAGCGGUUCUUGGAAACAUGAACCUAGAGGACAACAGUAGCGCUGGAAGCUCUCCGAGUGCCAACAGCACGGCUUUCUCGGACAUGUCGUUGAGAAAAGUAGACGAAUAA